AUGGUUUCUCGCCGUUUGGAUAAACUUUCGGCAGGUCUGGCGUUAAGCAAUAAAUUUUUGCCGGUACACUGUGUGGUUGCACGAGAUGAGUGUCCACAACGUGUAUUACAAGAUGGAUUUGUAAUUGUACCGGCAUAUACAAAAUUUCAUGAAAUUGUAUCAGUUGUUUUACGUAGUAUGGAAGCUGAUGUUGGUAAAAUUGAACAAGAUGAAAGAGCAGAUGGUCAAAUUCUUAUAAAAAAUUGGAAUCCAUUACCAAUAUCAACUGUAACUGAAAAUCGAAUGGUUACUGUUCAAGAUAUUUUAGGUGAUCUUAUGAAUGUAGCUAUACUUCAAAUUCGUAUAUUUAAAUAUUCAAAUACAUUAGAAGAUAAAAGAUCCGUACGUUUAAUAAAACAUUUAAUGCCUUUAGUAAAUGAUGAUCGUGAUAAACAAGAAUUGGCUCAUAAAUCAUAUCAAUUAAUGCAUGAUGAUAUUGAUGAUCAUGAUAAUAAACAAGAACAAUUAUCAUCAUCAUCAUUAUUAAAAUCAACAACAAGUCCAAAUGGAUAUUCAUUUACAUCAUCAAAUUCAAAUACAACUGAUGGUGAUAAUACUCCAUUAAAUCUUUCAAAAAAACAAUAUUCAUCAACAUUAAAUUCAAAUAAAUCUUAUAUAAAUUAUCCAUUUGCUAGUCUUUUAUCAUUUGCUCAACAACAACAACAACAACAACAACAACAACAACAACAAUAUGAUACAACACCAACAAAUCCAUCAUCAACAAUAAAAGAUUAUGCAUACAAUCGUCGACAACGUGAACGUACAACAUUUGAUCCACAUGAAGAAACACCACGUUUAUUACAAAUAUUUACUGAUACAAAACAUCCAACACGUUAUCAAAUUGCAUCUAUAUGUGAAAGUCUUAAUUCAUUACCAUGUCGAAAAGGAAAAAAAGCUCUUGAACCAUAUAAUAUUCAAUAUUGGUUUAAAAAUGCACGUGCUGCAUUAAAACGUAAAAAACGUCGUUUUGGUAAUUCAGAUAAUUCAAUACAACAAGAACAACAAUCAUAUAAUUUAUCAUCAUCACCACAACAAAUAGAUAAUCAUGAUGAACAAAAUCAUCAAUCAAUUAAAUGUGAACUUGAUUCAUCAGAUGAACUUGAAGAUGAUAUUGAUGAUGAUAUUGAUAUUGAUGAAAAACACAAACAACAACAACAACAACAACAAAAUCAUAAUAAUUAUUAUUUUAAUUAUUUACAAGCAUUUGAUAUAUCAUUAACAGAUAAACAAAGACAAAAAGCAACACUAUCCGAUGAAAGUAAUGAUGAUGAUAAUAUUAGUUCAAUAAGUGAACAAACACCACCAACACAAAUAUCAUUAAAUUCAACUAAAAUAUCAAAUACAACAACAUCAUUUGAUUACAAUCGUUCAAGACGUAAUCGAAUAUUUAUUGAUCCAACAUCUGAAGUACCAAAAUUAGAACAAUGGUUUGCUAUUGAAACACAUCCUGAUCAUGUAUUAAUUGAACGUAUAUGUUCAGAAUUAAAUGAAGGUGAAUAUCGAACAAAAUUUCCUAAACUUGAAUCAAAACAUAUACGUUUAUGGUUUAAAAAUCAUCGUGCAAAAGUAAAACGUAUAUGUCGAAUACAAACACCAAAUAUUAAUAAUAAUGAUACAACAAUAAAAACAAUUGAAACAACAACAACAACAACAACAACAGAAAAGAAAAUGCACAAUGUGCAAUAA